AUGUCUGUUCCUAAGGGAGGAAUACCGAGUCGCCAGCCCUCCUCCUACCGGCCCUUAGAGGGAGGACGUGAAGUCUCCUUGAAGAGAGGGGGAGACGGUCAACAUUUACCAGACGCGGCACAAGAUCGCCAGCCCAAGCAGAGGCGGUUUUUGGGGCCGCCACGGGAGGAGCCUCAAGAGAGAGCCUCUUCUCCACUGCUUGGUACUGAUUCGCAUGACGGACCAGGCCUUACUUAUGCUGGGGCCACAGCUGCAUCCCUCCCGGAUCCAGCUCCUCCACAAAGGUUUCGUAUAGUCCAUAAGCCUUCCGUAAAGGUUCAGACGGCUACGGGAGCGCCCACUAGUAGAGCGGAUAUAUGGCGCGAUUUGUUGAAACCGCUCGGAUUUCCGCUUCCUACCAUUUGUGCGGUGUUACACUUUGGCAAAGAAUCUGUUGGAGAGAUAUUCUUCGAAUCUCAAAUCAUGGCACUUCGUUUCCAGUCCACGUUCCUAGCCAAGGGAGAUGUUCCAUCGGUGGCCAAGUACCGAUUGAUGAAGGUUAACGUCCACUUUCGUAGGAAGGUGUCCAUACACUUUCGAUCUAUUCACCUAGACCCGGACCAAAUCAAGAAAUAUCUGCAGAGGCAUGUUGACGCAGUCCUUUCCUUGGAAAAGUCGGUAGACGAUGCUGCAGGUGGCGUUUGGGAUGGUGGCUGGGUCGCAUUAGUUGAUUUCCAAUUAACGGAAUCUGGCCCUGCUCAUAUACCGGGCGUGUGUUUCAUCAUGGGACAUCGAGGUGUUCUGCGUUAUGCGGGGCAACCGCGUACAUGCUAUUUUUGUGGCGACUUUAGUCAUGUGGUCUCUGAAUGCCCGGAUAAAAAGUGUUCCAAGUGUGGCAAGCGGGAUCACUUCGCCCGAGAAUGCAGGGAAUUCUGCAUGAUAUGCUCCGGCCGGCAUCAUUCCUCCUCUUGUGAUGCUCUCAUGUCCCCUGAUGUGCCUGAGGUGAGAUCACCAGUGACAGUAGCAGAUCCUGGCCCAGCGCAGCCUCCUCUCCGGCCUUUUACGGAUGUGGAUGAUGUACCCUCGCCCCCUCCGCUUCCCAUCUCAAGGAAAGUUGCUGAAUUGGCCCUACAGGUGCCGGCUAUGACAACUUACCCUCGUUGCCACUCCCGCAGCGGCCCUCGGAGCCCGUAA